GUCGUUGGUCAGUCUAAUAACGAAGAAUCCAGCAGUUGAAUGUUCACAAAGCACGUCCAUCGGGCUGACGUCAAAGGCAGGCGCGUGCCUGUUGACGGCGAACGUGUGUCCUUGACCCCCACGCGACGCGCUGACUGAUGCUUCGUACUGCGACCAUUUUGCACUCCUCUCGUCUGAUUCCUCGCCUUUCAGCGCGCGCGUCCAUAUCCCUUUAUCCCACCAUGUCGACAUCUUCUCGGCGGAAGAGUGUCAAGUCUGCCGCAGAAGCAACGGUUUCUGUGGGUAAUGAGACUGAUCCGCCAGCGGUGACAGGGACGAGACCCGCUCCAAGGCGGUCGGUGCGCUCAGCAGCUGAGGUCAAGCGAGAGGUGCAAGAGGACGAGGAGAGCGACGUGACAGAGGAGGAAGAGGAUGUUAAACCUGCCAAGAAGAAGCGUGCGACUGCUAAGGGCACGACUGCCAAAGCGAAGCGGGUGAAGGAAGAUGAUGAUGGGGAGGGGACACCGAAGAAGAAGGCGAAGGCGAAGAAGGCGGUUGAAGAGCAAGAGUAUAAGCCGAGGGUAGAGAGUGAGAUGUGUGUGGGGGCACACGUCUCUGCUGCGGGAGGGGUGGAGAAUGCGGUCCUUAAUGCUGCUGCUAUUGGUGCAAACGCCUUUGCCCUCUUCCUCAAAUCGCAGCGAAAAUGGAGUUCUCCUCCACUCUCCAGCCAGUCUAUCUCGCUGUUCAAGUCCCGCUUGCAGAAGUACGGCUACGAUCCAGGAAUGGUGCUUCCUCAUGGCAGUUAUCUCAUCAACCUUGGAAACCCGGAUCAAGAGAAGCGAGAAAAAUCGUAUGAAUGCUUCUUGGACGAUCUGCAACGAUGUGAGCAGCUUGGGAUCAAGUUGUACAACUUUCACCCUGGGUCAACAGUCGGUGGAGCGCCUCUUGAAGAAUGCCUCACCUACGUUGCUGAGAGCAUCAAUCGAGCACAUAAGGCGACCUCCUUCGUCUGUGUUGUCAUCGAGAAUAUGGCGGGCGCAGGAAACGUCAUGGGAUGCCGAUUUUCGGAUCUUGCGGCCAUGAUUGGGUUGGUGGAAGAUAAGUCUAGAAUAGGUGUCUGCUUGGAUACAUGUCACCUCUUCGCAUCAGAAUUCGAUCAAGUUGUUGGACUGAACUACCUCAAGGCUUGGCAUCUUAACGAUUCCAAAACACCAUUCAACUCAAAAAAGGACCGACAUGAGAAUCUAGGGCUAGGGUAUAUUGGAUUGCCGACUUUCUUCCAUAUUUUGACUGAUCCGCGUCUUACGCACCUGCCCAUGGUGCUUGAAACACCGUCGUUUGAACAGCAAGAAGUUUGGGGCCGAGAGAUUGAAGUGCUCUAUUCGUUUGAGAAGGACAACAAAGCCGGAACAACCGUCUCCUGGGAUAGCAGGAAAGGACAGGUGCAGCAGAUUGUCAAAUGGGCUGAAGAACAGGGCAAGAAACCUGGAAAAUCGGCGCUGAAGCGGAAGAAGGGCGGUGAGGAGGACCAUGAAUGCGGCAGUGAUUAAUCCACAAUUGAUAUUUGGACUGUGCUAUAUCCCUACAAUUUCUGCAAUGC